AUGGGCAAAAGAGCGGCUAAAGACAGUUGUAAUAAACCAGGCUUUAAAAAGAGGAAAUUUACCAAUGUUUCAAAGUUGAUUGACCCCUUUUCUUCAGGGAUAUAUGCUACUUGUGCCAGACGUAAAGAGAAACAGGCACGGCAAGAGUUGAUGAGCAUUCUUUUGGAUAAAUUACCGCAAUACUUUAACCUUGAAGAUUUGCAUGCUGAUGCUGAUAGUAAUGGAGGCAAUGACACACGGGAUUUGUCAAUAGAAGAAAAGAUUGAGAGAGAGCUACAAGAAUUGAAGGACUCCGAAACCAAUACCAAAAAUAACCUUUUACAACCUAUUGAUCUUGAUUGUGAAUGUGUCAUUUUCAUAAAAACCAAAAAACCCAUUUCACCAGAAGUUUUGGUGCAGAAAUUGGUUAGGGAUUGUUAUGACUCUGGAGUAAAGACUACACGGUACACGCAAAAACUCAUUCCCAUAUCAGAUUCAUGUACUGCAACAGGGGAGGAACCUCGAGAGCAAUUACGACAAUUGGCAAAAAGAGUAUUAAGAGAUCAUUUCCAUAAGGAAAAGGACCAAAAACCUAUCAAAUUUGCCAUACAAGUUGGCAAGAAAAAUUUCAAUGCAAUGGAAUCGGAAGAAAUGAUAAAAGUGAUUGCAGAAUGUGUUGGUCGUGAGCAUGGCCACUCUGUUGAUUUGAAAAAUUACGAUAAGCUUAUUCUCGUUGAAUGUUAUAAGAAUAAUAUAGGCAUUGGUGUUGUUGACGAUUAUUUAAAGUACAGCAAGUUCAAUCUACAGCAGAUAUUUGACAAAUCAAUAGCAAGAGCGACACUAGGGAGCGAAGCAAGCUAG